AGUGCUCUGGCUCAGACUCACACUGACUCACAGAAUCAAAGACAAUGAAAAACUCCACAGAGUCGUCUUCAGAGUAUGUGUGGGAUUACGAGUACUACUAUGAUUACAUCGAUCCGGUCUCCGUCAACGCCAGUGCUCUCAAGUACAACAGAUAUUCAGUCGUCAUAAUAUUCUGGAUCAUUCUAGCUGCAUUCAUUGGAUUUUUCUUCUUGAUUUUGUCACUUAUAUCACACUCAAGGCAACUUCCGAGAGGCCCUCGUGUCCAAAAAUCUGGGUUGCCAUUGAUGAAAAGCUACGGGUCUCCUCAGAAACGAAACUAAGAAGAAGCAACUUCAAGAAGAAACUAAACCCAUGAGGAUCCAUUUCAUAUUUCAGUUCAAGUGACAACUGAGCCUCUGCCAUUAAACCACAUCAUGAU